AUGGCAUCCCCUUCGCUUCAAACUCCUGCUAAAUAUCCAUCUCCAUCGCACCGGCAUUAUCACCCUAGCCCCCUCCGUGGCCCUGCUGGCUCUCGCAGCUGGUGUCCAAGCCGGUGGUGCCAAAGAGCAGCACGAACCCCCGUCCACAGCAUUAAGAGCAUUGGCAAGCACCAGGCUAGCGGCGGAACUGGCACCGGCGUCGCCCCUACUGGUGUCGUCCCUACCGGUGCACAGACUGGCACUCACCCAAUUGCCACUGGUGGACACCACAACAACGGUACUGGUACACAGACUGGCAGCCACCCCAUCGUGACUGGCACCCACAACAACGGUACCCAGACCGGUGGCAAGAACAGCACCAUCAUCGGCACUGGUACUGCUCCCUGCUUCAGCUGCCACGGCAGCGCGACCAUCCCGGUCUAUGUCCCUACCAAGACUGCCUCUGGUGGUGCUUCCCCCUCCGGUGGUGCUGGCGGUGUUGGCGGCUCUGCCUCCCCCAGCUCGACCGAAUACACCCCCUCCAGCCCUGGCUCCAAGGUCACCGCACCCCAGGUCGGAGUUCUCAGCGCUGUUAUUGGCAGCAUUGUCUACGGUGCCGUUAUGCUUCUCGCAUAA